AUGGAGCAUGAAAACCGAACAGAAAUUUACCAGUUCAUCAUAGUGGGAUUCCCAUACCCCCUGGAGCUGGGAGUCCCCUUGUUCAUCUUCUUUUCGCUCAUCUACCUUCUGACAGUCUUGGGAAACCUUCUCAUCCUCUUGGCCGUGGGGUCUGAGCCCCGGUUGCACAAGCCCAUGUAUUGGUUUCUCUGCCACUUGUCCUUCUUGGACAUGACUGUCUCUUCUGUGGUGGUCCCCAAGGUGAUUGCUGGAUUCAUAAAGGGAGGUGGGGUCAUCUCCUUUGGCGGCUGCGUAACCCAGCUGUUCUUCUUCCACUUCCUGGGUUGCACAGAGUGCUUCCUCUACACCGUGAUGGCUUACGACCGGUUCCUGGCCAUCUGCAAGCCCCUCCGUUACAGCAGCCUCAUGAACCGGAAAACCUGCCUCUGCCUGUCCUUUGGAACGUGGUUUGGUGGCUCGGUGCACUCCAUGAUCCAGACCACUCUGACUUUCCACUUGCCCUACGGCUGCGGAACCCAAGUGGGUUAUAUCUUUUGUGACAUCCCAGCGGUGUUGAAACUGGCUUGCGCCGACACGUCGUUCAACGACACGGUGACUUUUGUAGACAUUGGCUUCCUGGCCAUGACCUGCUUCUUCCUCAUCCUCACUUCCUACGUCUACAUCAUCUCUGCCAUCCUGAGGAUCCGAAGCGCUGAGGGCCGACGGCGGACGUUCUCCACUUGCGCCGCCCACAUCACUGUGGUCGUGACGUACUAUGUCCCGUUGGUGUUCAUCUACCUCAGGCCGGAUUCGCAGGACCCCCUAGAUGGCGUGGUGGCUGUCUUCUACACCACCGUGACGCCACUUCUGAACCCAGUCAUAUACACCCUGAGGAACAAAGAGAUGAAGUGUGCUUUAAAGAGGUUGUGGGUGAGAAAGACCUCUGCACCAAUAGAAUCAUUCGCCAUUCAGUGA